UCUCGAAGGCAGUAGCAUCACCUUCUUGCUAAAGCAAUGGACGUAGAGUCAGUUUUUAUAAUAACCAAAUCUUGUUUAUAUCUACGAUAAACGCGCUCGUAAACUUUUUUAAGCACUUUAAAAAUCAAUUUCGUAGCACAAUAAUGUAGUGCGUGCAUUUAUAAAUGAUCAGAAACGUUCGUUUUUCUUUAUUUCCAUUGGCUUUACACCUCCAUUAGACAUUAUCAAGUUUACAAUUGAUUAAGUAGUCUUAAGCUGUGAAAUAUUUUAUACCUUAUAUUGUUCAAAUCUCACAACCGUUGUUAUAAAUUAAGUUUUAAUAACUAGAUAGGUGUAUUAUAGUUGGUUUUGUGCAAGUUUUAUUGUUAUAUUCGUGUUUAUUCGACAUUUAUUAUGGCUUCACAAAAUGGUUUCUAACUAGUGUAAUUAUAUGAAAUAAUGGCACUCUGCGAGGGACAGUUGGAUUCUGUUCUUCAGAUCAACGGUGAAAAGGUUCAGAUGGAGAAAAAGAUGGAAGCUAAUGGGGAUUUAUAUGGACUGGACAACGUACCGCCAAUGCCGCUCAGCGUGGAUUACCGCUCGCCAGUUUCACACUUCGUCCCGCCAGCGGUCGAACUAUACGCCAAUAGGCAUAAACCGGAAAUACAUGUUGCUUCGUCAGCUAGCGAGACGACGCCGCCGAAGCGCAAGCGAGGCCGUCCGAGGGUCGAUAAGACUAGCCCGGAGUACCUGGCAAACUUGGCUGCAAGGAAACAGGCCAGGGAGAUGGCCGCGGUUAUGGGUGAAUCUGGUGAAAAGAGAAAACGAGGUCGGCCUCGCGUCGACAAGACAGCGCCGGAGUACCUCGCGAGGAAACGUGCUAGAGAGAUUGAAGCCUUGGAGAAGAAAGCUAAAAAGGAGUACAGGAGACGAACUACUGGGGAUUCGGCCGCAUCCUCAUCAGCUGGCGAGUCAACGCCUCGUGUUAAGCGCAAGUACACUAAAAGAGCACCCGGCACCAAGAAAGAAUCGUCUUCAAAUCCUGAGCGGGUUAAGGGAAAGCGCGGUAGACCUAGGAAGAAUGAUCCAAAGCAACAAGGAAAAAUUCGGGUCCGCAAUAACUUGAUGCCUUCGAACGAGCCCAUCACCCUCGACAGUGACGACGAACCAGAUUUGGGUUCCCCGAGUCAGGCUUCGGAUUCCCUGAGUAUGGAUGAAAAUUUAAGAGCGUUGCGUCACAUACACGAGAAAUACGCGAAUAUACAUAAGGACGACCUGUACGAAGCCCAUCUCCUUGCUGCGAAUUUCAAACAACCAGAUGCGAGGGGUGACGACGACGUGCUCUCAGUAGCUAGCUCCGAUGGUAGCGCGUCAGUAAAAGAAUUAGGUACAAGAGUAGAAAAAUUGGAAGAUAGUUCGAAUUCCGAGUCAGGCAGUAGCAGUUCGGAGUCAGAUAGUAGUAGUUCAUCGUCGUCUAGCUCGUCGGACAGCUCACACUCGUCGGACUCGUCGGAUUCUGAGGAAGACGAGAAGCCAAACAGCAGCGUCCAUGAUGACAGAUCCUUCGGCGCCUGGUCCCACACGCCGGAGUCGGAUUCGGAUCCGGAGCGCGGGGCCCCGGUCGCUCGGACCGAUGACGACAUCAGCGAAUCGGAUAACGAGUCAGCUGAUAAGAGCUUCCCAUGUAGGGUCUGCGGGAAGUGGUAUUCGACCAGGGUGACGCUCAAGAUCCACGCGCGUGUUCAUCAGAACAAGGGCGGCGGCGGCUCCAGGUCCAGGGCGCGUUCCUCGGACAGAUACGAGUGUGACUGUUGCAGCGAGACGUUCAGCAGGAGAGAGAAGCUUUGGGAGCAUAAGGCUGAAGCCCACCGCGGCGCUAUGACUGUCCGAUGCGAGGUUUGUCGUCGGUGCUUCGAGGACGACAACGAGCUGGCGGCGCACGCCACCACACACACUAGUGAUGACAGGAUAGGUCGUUGCUCGGACUGCGGCUCGUCGUUCGCCAGAUACGACCAGCUGCGCCGCCACCGCGCCUCCGUCCACGGCUCGGCGCCCGCCCGCCUGCCGCACGCGUGCGUCCAGUGCGGCAAGAGAUUCUCCCACGCGCACUCCCUCACCAGACACGCGCACAACCACGCCAAGCAACUGUACAGAUGCGUGGUUUGUAAGGCAUCCUUCGCCCGCGCGGACCAACUCGCCCAGCACCUGAACAGCCACCUCGCCACCUACAAACGUAUGAAGCAGUGAGCGCGCACAAUAUACAUAUAUAUACAUAUAUAUAUAUAUAAUUUUAAUAUAGAGUUUUAUUUA